GAGUGACUGUGCGUGUGUGUGUGUGUGAGUGCGUGAGAGGGAGAUCAAUGGCGAAAUGGAAUGUGGUGAUGGUCUUGUUUGCCCUAGCCAUCGUCCAAACAACUGCUAGGAACAUUCCUACCGAAGCUACUCUCAAAACUGUAGACGACAACAACAACAAGAAUGGCAAUGUGCCAACCGACGCGGGUCUCAACGACCAAAAGAACUUUAUCUCAUACGGUGGCGUUGGUGGCGUUGCCGGCAUUGGCGGUGUGGCUGGUGUCCUCCCUGUCGGCGGCAUUGGUGGUGGUGCUGGAAUCGGUGGUGGAGUUGGUGGACUCGGUGGUGUCGGUGGAUUCGGCGGCCUUGGUGGACUUGGUGGCAUUGGUGGUGCUGGUGCCGGGGUCGGUGGGCUUGGUGGGUUAGGAGGGGUAGGUGGCUUGGGAGGUGCUGGUUUGGGUGGUGGCGUUGGUGGUGGAGCUGGUGGCGGAGUCGGUGCUGGUGGUGGUGUUCUCCCUUUCCCUUGACUUCGUUCAUACCAUUAUCAUGCAUGACCUUCACGUGUAGCCCAUGGGUGUGCUUAA